UGGGAUGUAUUUAGAGUACAUUAUUGGGAUGUAUUUAGAGUACAUUAUUGGGAUGUAUUUAGAGUACAUUAUUGGGAUGUAUGUAGAGUACAUUAUUGGGAUGUAUUUAGAGUACAUUAUUGGGAUGUAUGUAGAUUGCAUUAUUGGGAUGUAUUUAGAGUACAUUAUUGGGAUGUAUGUAGAUUGCAUUAUUGGGAUGUUUAG